AUUUUAUAAAUUACUUCUAAAGAGCCAGCUCUGACUUUGUCUAAUUUUUACUCGUGUUUUUUUUUUUUUUUGUUUGGGUUUUUUUUUGUGUGCGUAUUUCCGCAUUAUAGGUGGGACUCUUAGUGGGCCAGCCCUGUUGUGUUACGUUUGGGGAAGUUGCUCAAUAUUGGACAUUUCCCUUCUCUGUAAGGCCAACACAUUCACGCGCUUCUUAUCUGCCUCCGCAGUUUCAUGAGAUGGUGUUGAUGAUUUUGUCAACUAUGACAAAAUAAAACCAAACCAGCAGAUAUCACCAGAAACUCUCUUUGUCGGGAUGAGUGGGUCUUUGACUUCCGCUACUUACGUUCGCAACAUCAGCUACGGUCUCCGCCGCCAGUUGUCCGACUUUCUGGACCCUCAGGACAGGUGGAAGGAUGUGAUUGUGUCCAUACGGAAGCCGAGCGGGGAGCCGCGGUACUCCCUGCUCCACGUCAGGAGGUUUGAGGGUCUGGUGACGCAGGGGAAAAGUCCCACCGUGGAGCUGCUGAAUGACUGGGGAACCACCAACUGCACAGUGGGAGAACUGGUGGAUAUUUUGAAGAGCUGCAGUUUGUUGGCUGCUGCCAGUCUCCUGCUACCUGGGGGAGAAUAUUCAUCGGCAGACACACUCCCGCUCCCCUUACAGAUACCUCCCGACAGAGACCCUCCAACCAGACCACUGGAUGAGAUGCAGAGUCAGCAUCCACCUGCCGGAGCAGCACCGGAGACACAAGUCCUGAGUGGAAACAGCCUAACAGGACACACAGGUGGCAGCAGUGACUCCUUUGAUCCACUUUCUGUGCAACCAUUGUCAGGUGUCUCCAGUUUUAUGUACAGCGAGCUGAGGAAGAUCACGGGCAACUUUGACGACCGGUCCGUCUCAAACGGUGGCAGCCGACUCGGAGAGGGGGGCUUCGGCACUGUGUACAAAGGCUUCCUGAACAACAGACCUGUGGCGGUGAAAAAACUAAACCCAAUGGAUGACAUGCCUCUGGACAAGCUGCAAGAUCAGUUUAACCAAGAGAUUCAGACUCUGAAAGUGUUGAAACACGAGAACUUGGUUGACAUGGUUGGAUUCUCAUGCGAUGAGCAGCAACUGUGUAUCGUGUACGCCUUCAUGGCCAAUGGAUCUUUGCUGGAUCGACUCGCCUGCUUGGACGGCAGUCCUCCUCUUUCCUGGCGACAGAGGUGCUUGAUCACAGAAGGGACCGCUAAAGGUUUGGAGUACCUCCAUAGCAACCAUCAUGUACACAGAGAUGUUAAAAGUGCAAACAUCCUGCUGGAUGAGAACUUUGUGGCGAAAAUCUCUGACUUUGGGCUGACGAGAGCGUCGGCCAAGCACACGUCUACGACGAUGAUGACGGAGAGGGUCGUGGGGACCCGUGCGUACAUGGCUCCUGAGGCCCUGAGGGGACAGAUCACCCCAAAAUCUGACGUGUUCAGCUUCGGAGUGGUGCUGUUAGAAAUAUUGUCUGGACGUCCGCCAGCUGAUGAAAACAAGGAGCCCCAGUUCCUGAUGGAUAUCAGGGACGACAUCGAUGAUGACGACGAAGAUCUGACCCUGGAGCAGUUUUUGGACAGGAAGAUGACAGACUGGGAGCUGAGCCAGGUGGAGAGCAUCUACUGCUUGGCAUCCAACUGCUUGGACGACAGAAAAAACAGGCGGCCGUUCAUCAAACAGGUUGUUUCAGAGAUUCACAGUGUCAUCAAAAGCAUCUUGUUGGAAUCGUAGGCAGAGGGAAACAAGAGGCUCACACUGCCUCUGUUCCAAAGUAAAGAAUGACAAGUUUUCAGCUUUUUGACUUUAGAAAGUUCCUUGUUUCUAAAAUAAAAACCUCAGUCUCUUUGACUGAAAGAAAGAGAUUCAGCAUUUAAGCAUCUUUCCUUUCUGUAUUUAUAUUCAUAAAAAUUUGAAGAGGACUACCAACAGGACAUAUCAGCUCUGCUACAGAUAUUUAUCCAUUAGCAUGUCAUAAGUUCAUCUUAUAGCAACAGCUCCAGUAAGAGGCAUCGCCAGAUUCGUUGCAAGACUGACUGCUACUGGAGAUCCUUCCCAUCCACAGAAUCACAUCAAUGACUUUUUAAAGUUAUUUGGAGGAUAUGAGUUUGAAGAAAAGUGUGAGGACAUACUUAAAUGUUUUAUUUUUUUUUUAAUUUACAGGCUAAAUUUUUAUGUGCUGUAAAAAGAAGUUUUAUUUUUGAAGAAAUAAAAAAAUGGACCAAAA